AUGAGACCGGUGCUAUACACGUUUUUCUUGCUUCCUGUCGCAUACGCCAUGGAGAUGGGGGAAAUGGAACCGCCAAAGGAGUUCCAUCCGAUUAAUGCAGGCUCGAAAACGUUCCACUGGAUCCUCUCUUUGGCACUACUCCUUAUACUUCCAUCAAUUUCAGCCGUAUUGGCUGUAGCAGACCGCUUCCAUUGGUCCUUGCCCCUUCAGUACAUUUCAGCAGCAUAUUGCAUUUUUGAAUCAUUGUUCCUUGACUUCCCGGAUAAUAAGGAUAACCAUGAAAACAAGACAUCCAAGGGAACGCUGUGGUUUUUGAGUUUGGCUUAUGUUGUUACAAUUUUCAUAGGGACUUUGAUAAAUGGUUCAAAUUUGGUAAUAAACAAGUUCUAUCCUCACUUGGCUUCGAAAUCAACCCAGCAGUCCUCGAGACUAUACAUUUUCGGCUUCAAGUGCUACAGAGCUUUGUCGAUAAUUGCCGUGUUGACCGGCUGGGUCAGAGUAUGUAUGUCUGUGAUUGCUCUCUUUGGUUUCUGCUAUGAUUCUCAUACAGGUCAAUGCAUUGCCCAUGGAAUUAUGGGGACAUCGUUUGUAUUUUAUGGGUUCUUGUACACCAUGUUGCUUAUUGUGCCGUGGAUCAGAAAGCACCCUAACCCUGCAAGAUCGCAGGAGUUCUAUGACUCCACUUUAAUGACAGUCUGGGGUAUAGUAAACACCUUCACGGAACAUAGAUGGGGCCAAAUGUGGAAUCAUGGAGACUACCAGCAUACUGCUAUGGGGAUCAUUUGGUGGGGUGGUGGACUUGUCGGUAUGUGGCAAACAAGAAACCAAAAUAGGAGAUCCUUUAUUCCAGCAUUACUCUUGGUUUUCACCGGGUGGGCAAUGCUGGAACACAAUCAGCAUCUGGUAGUAUCAACUAAAGUGCAUGCGAUGUUUGGGCUCAUUUUGAUGGGUGCCGGGUUUUCGAGAAUCAUUGAAAUUCUGUUCUUACUUUGGGACAAGACUUGUGGAUCAGAAAACGGAGGUAAGAUCUACUCAUUCCAAUAUUUCCCACCAUUUUGUCUUGUGGCCUCUGGGAUUUUAUUUAUGGGAGCCACUGAAGAGCAAAUCAAUUUAAUUGAGGACCUUGCAGCAGACCAUUCCUCCUACAUCAUGGUAUUAGUUGCAGCUGCUUUUGUGACCUAUCUUUGGAUGCAAGUUCUCUUAGCAUUCUAUUUGAGACUUGUAGGGUACGAUGAAGACGGGGAGUUGAAUGCAUUCAACAUGGAGUACGAAAGAACUGCAGCCGAAGAGUUUGAAUUGAGCGAUUUAAGUGACAAUGAGAAUGAACUCGGGCAAGAGCGUGAGAAUGGGCCAGUAGAGUCAUAA